AUGGGCAAUACACAUACGAAAGAUGGGAGGGGUGGCACUCGUAUAGGAGCUCAUGGGACCCGUGGGGAUCCUGGUGGAAGUUCCAGCGGUGCCGGCUACCAUGGAGAGCUCCCUGAUCGAUCGAGACGUGCUAGUCGACCAGACUUGAGCGGCAUAGGCCUGUCCUUCGGUGGCUCGUCGAGCUCGCGUCAGCAAGACGCCCCCUUUGAACAUCGAGAGACAAAGCAGGAGAAGGAAGCUCGGAGGUUAGAGCGAGAACGAGCUGUCCGGAUCAAGGAGCGCGAGCGUAGUAUGAAAGAGGAAAACGUAGACGGGGGCUACCUGGUGACAAUGGGUGUAUACACCUCCUCUGAGGACUUUAGCAAACCCGUAGUACGCCAAUUACAGAUCGAGAGGAAGAUAGCGCCGUUUUGGCGUGGACUGGAUGAUUUUAACGAGAACUGGGCCGAACAUCAGAUAAUCGCCGCGGCUCGCGGUCUCGAGAUCCCUCCCGCCGACGAAGUCCCCGAGCACCUCGUCCCGCAGCCUAGGUCAGCAGAUUCCCCCGGUACUUCGACGCAGAACCUUACCGUUCCGAUGGGCCCUCGAACCCUUUCAAUUUCCUCUGACAACCCUGGUUCAAACCCGGGCUCAGCUUUGCCUUCUCCUACAUCCCCCAGUAUUCCGAGAACCAACUCGCCCUUCAAACCUCAUAAAAAAUCUCUGGCAGCAGCUCUUAACAUAUCUCGAAAUAGUUCACAUACGGAUAUUAUUACACCACGCGAGAUUAACUUACCCCACGACCCAUUCGUCAACGGUCAGCCCCUAGAGGUCUUUCUAUACAAGGAGGGAAUUGAGUGCCCCCUCUGCCUUAUGUACUAUCCCCCGUACCUCAAUCGUACUCGCUGCUGCUGCCAAAUUAUUUGCAGCGAAUGUUUCGUUCAGAUCAAACGUCCUGAUCCGCAUCUUCCCGAACACCACGCCGACGAGGAAGGAAGUCAGGCGCCGCCUAUCCCCGAGGAGCACGAAGGCGAGCUUAUUAUGGAGCCGGCCAGAUGUCCGUACUGUACCCAGACGGAGUUUGGCGUGACAUAUGAGCCUCCCCCUUUCCGCCGCGGAUUAACGUAUGCAUUCAAUAAUACUACACUGGGUGCUAUGAGCACGGCUAUGUCGUCUUCGAGUUCUCUCAAUUCAAGCCUUUCGCCACCGGUGACUACAUCUGCUAAUGCCAGCCGCCGGCGAGCGCAGAGUGUUUCUGCCAACGCGCCGGGAGUUAUCACUACUGACCGUAUUCGGCCCGACUGGUCUACGAAACUAGCUGCGGCUCGUGCGCAACAGCGUCGGAGGGCAGCAGCCGCAGAUGCUCUACAUCAUGCUGCUUUUGUAAUGGGAAAUCAAGAACCUCGUACGAUCUUUGGUCGGUCAUCUCGCUUUAGCCGUAGAAACGCAGGGAACAACCGGGGAAACGAGAGUCCAGGCAAUAGUUCCAAUCUCCAACCAAACGAUGGCGGGGCUGAUGCUCCCUCGGGUCCUGAACCAGGGCCUCGCGUUCUCUCAAGCCGGGCUGCCCCGAACCGGGAACGGAUAGAUGCCGCACACCUCGAAAACCUAAUGAUGGCGGAGGCGAUAAGGUUAAGCCUAGCGGACGAGGAGGAGCGACGAAAGAAAGCCGAUAAAGAAGCCCUUAAAGAGGCAAAAAAGCGAGAGAAGGAGGAACGCAAGUCUGCGAAAAAGAAGGGAGACGUGUACGGAGGCGGUGGUAGUAGUGCGAGCGCGAGCUCUCUUAGUCUGGGAUUCGGGCGGAAGCGAGGUAAUAGUGCUACCAGUAACUUGCGCACGGAAACCAGCGUAGCUGCUCAAGCUAAUAGCGGAGCUACGAGCCCGGUCUUCAACCCCGGUUCGACUUCGCCAUCGAACAGCAAAGGAAAAGCAGUCGAUCGUAGUGAAAAUGAAGAUGGCCAAUCAAGCGGUUCUGGUGUCGCGUCUCUACCGAUUUCCGUUCCUUCGCAGCCUUCCCGAGGAUCGUCUCAUCUUCGUCAGAUGAGCAACGCCAGCUCUGUCAGCUCUAGUGGGGUUGAAAGUACACCGGCUAGUUAUACAGGUAUACAUCUCAAUGCCGACGGCGAAGAUCCCCGAUCCAGCGGCCUUAGCUUGGCUACGCGCAGUGAGGAGGGUGACAACGCGAACUCGGAACCCAUGUUUAACUUUAGAAGCUUAGCGGAGAUGGUUGGCGUUCCCCUAGACGGCGAGGCCCAAUCACCCGGAAGCGAAGAAGCGAGCCCGGGAAGUAAAUCAGCAGAGGCCGAAGAAGCUCACGGCGAACAUAUAGAACAUAUCGCAAAUCAUCCGGUCAAGAAAGAAAGUUUACCCAAACUUGAUACUCGCCAAAGCAACCAGAACGCGGAAGAAGAGAAGGGAAAAACUACUACUCCGCCGCAACUGAUGAUCACACCCGAGACCCCAGCGCCUACUGGCGAUGACGAUGGGGAUUCUAAGGAAAUCGGACACGUCAGCAUGGCAGAUAAGCCGCAAGAAGUCGCACAAUAGACAUUUUUUUCGCCACCAUUUAAUUCUCGCUGCAGAGGCGGUUUCCGGUCAGGGUGAUAAAUGGGACUGAAGAUCAUGGAUAUUUGCAUUAACGGGGAGGCAGGCACUGUUGACUUUCUCUAGUUCGGAGUUGAGGAUUGUAUACAUAGAUGGUUGGCAUUCACAAGCGAUAUAAGUUAAUUCCCCUGAACCAGAUCGAUGAAGUAUAAGGGGGCUUAAUCCCUCGGUUGUAGUAAAGAUGUCUCAGCCCAAUUCUGUUUUCUCCUAUGUACUAAGCCUCGUCGCAAAUGAUAGUUGACAUCGCCAUAGCAUCCAGUGGUGUACCUGGCUAUACUAACCUAGAAGAGCUAACUUCCAGUUAAGAAGUAAAUAGAAUCACUCGUAAAUAGAACA